GUUUAUCACCAACAAAUAAAGAUUCAACACUUAUGAAUACAUCUUCAAAUUUGAAUAUGACGCAAACAGCUACAUCUCAUCAUGAACAAUAUCAAUCAAUUAAUGACGAUCUUUUUCUAGCAUUAAAUGAUGUUUCAUCAUCAGUUAAUAAUAUGAUAUCAUCAUUAACAUUUUCUAAGACAGUUACAAAUUCAACGCAUGAUUGUAUAUAUCCAUGGAGGAGACCAGAAUUUAAUUUUGAACAUAAACGUAGCCGAACAGGUUAUAUACAUCAUCAACGACGUGAAUUAGAAAGAGAAUUUCAUAUUAACAAAUAUGUACCACGUUGGCGACAAAUUGAAAUUGGUCGUAGGCUUGCAUUAACUGAACGACAAAUUAAAAUUUGGUUUCAAGCCCGUCGACUGAAAUGGAACCAUGAUAGAGUUAAAUCACGCAAUAAUCCACAUGUUGAACUCGAAGCAAAGGCAACAAAUCAUGGUCGAAAUCAUCAUUCAUAUGCUAUAUGA